AUGACGAGGAACCAAAUCUCGUACUGCAUUGUCCUCGUGAUCAUCCUACUGGGCGCACCGAUCACGAAUGCCGCUCUGGACCAAGCGGUGUUGCUGAGGCAGUUCAUCGAGUCAAGGGGCCAGCAGCGGCUGUCUAGCGCGGCAGACGGGCCUGCGGAGACCGACCCAUGGGCCGACCCGGCGAGCAGCUUCGCCCACCUGCCCACGUACUGCAAGAACCCCAAGGGCAGCAAGGAGGCCGACAGGAUCGCGGCGCUGCCCGGCCAGCCGCCGCGCGUCAACUUCGGGCAGUACUCGGGCUACGUGACGGUCGACGAGGAGCACGGCCGCGCGCUCUUCUACUACUUCGCCGAGGCCCCCUACGGCGCCUCGUCCAAGCCGCUCGUCCUCUGGCUCAACGGAGGGCCGGGGUGCUCGUCGCUGGGAGCCGGUGCGAUGAUGGAGCUCGGCCCGUUCCGCGUCAACCCCGACGGCAAGACCCUGAGCAGGAACAGGCACGCUUGGAACAACGUGGCCAACGUGAUCUUCCUGGAGUCGCCGGCCGGAGUUGGGUUCUCCUACUCGAACACGUCGUCGGACUACCAGAAAAGCGGCGACGCGAGGACGGCGGUGGACGCGUACGUCUUCUUGCUCCACUGGCUCGAGCGGUUCCCCGAGUACAAGGGCCGCGACUUCUACAUCGCCGGCGAGAGCUACGGCGGGCACUACGUCCCGGAGCUUGCCACCGUCAUCGUCGCCCUCCGCGAACUCACUGGCAGGAACGCCAUAAACCUCAAGGGAAUCAUCCGGCGACAUGGACGACGUGUGCCCGCUUACGGCGACGAGGUACUCUGUCAAGGAUCUCAAUCUGACCGUGACAAAGCCAUGGCGCCCCUGGUACACCCCUGACAACGAGAUUCCAUUAUGACGAACAUUUCCUUCUACUUGUUUCUUUUCAUCUGCGUGGCUGCAUUGCACGCAGAUGCGUCCCAAGAGGCCCAACUGAAAGAAUUUAUCAGGUCUAGAAGGAACAGCCGUAGCAACAAGGGCACGUUUAAUGUGAGUGAAGUAGGUUACAGGGUUGACAGCAGCCUUAGAACAGGGAACUCUGGUGCUGACCAGAGAGCUCUGAAGGCGGCCGACAGGAUAGGCGCGCUGCCGGGGCAGCCGGACGGCGUCGACUUCAACCAGUACGGCGGGUACGUGACCGUCGACGAGAAGAAUGGCCGCGCGCUCUUCUACUACUUCGUGGAAGCGCCGGUCGACGCCGCCACAAAGCCACUGCUCCUGUGGCUUAACGGAGGGCCAGGAUGCUCAUCGCUUGGCUACGGAGCAAUGCAAGAACUGGGACCGUUCCGUGUAAACAGCGACAACAAAACACUUAGCAAAAACAAAAAUGCAUGGAACAACGUGGCUAAUGUGAUCUUCUUGGAAUCGCCGGCGGGUGUUGGAUUCUCUUACUCCAACACAUCUUCGGACUAUGACCUCAGUGGAGACCAGAGAACAGCUGACGAUGCCUAUUUAUUUCUGAUUAAUUGGUUGGAGCGUUUCCCCGAGUACAAAAGCCGUCCAUUCUACAUCUCCGGGGAGAGCUACGCCGGUCACUAUGUGCCAGAACUUGCUGCCACCAUCCUACUCCAGAAUUCAUACAACGGCAAGACCAUCAUAAACUUACGGGGUAUCUUGGUUGGAAAUCCACUUUUGGACUGGAAUAGGAACGCAAGGGGACAGCUUGACUACAUAUGGAGCCAUGGGGUGAUAUCGGACGAGGUCUUUGCCAACAUCACUAGGAACUGCAAUUUUGACGACUCGGAUGGCGAAGCAUGCAGAGGCGCUUGGGUUGCUGUCGAUCCUGGCCAAAUUGAUUAUUACAACAUAUAUGCUCCAAUCUGUAUUGAUGCACCCAACGGAGCAUAUUACCCCAGUGGCUACUUACCUGGGUAUGAUCCAUGCAGUGAUUAUUCUACCCAUGCCUACCUAAAUGAUCCAGCUGUGCAAAGUGCUUUUCAUGCCAGAAUGACAAAGUGGUCAGGAUGCACAAACUUGAACUGGACAGAUGCACCGAUUUCCAUGGUGUCAACCAUCACAUGGCUAAUUGAGAAAAAGUUACCUGUCUGGAUUUUUAGUGGUGAUUUUGAUUUUGUAUGCCCACUUCCCGCUACAAGGCAUUUCAUUCAUGACCUUGGCCUCCAGGUCACAACUACAUGGCGCCCGUGGACUGUAAACAUGGAGGUGGGAGGAUAUGUUCAGCAAUACAAGGGAGGAUUCACGUUUGCCUCUGUGAGAGGAGCCGGUCAUAUGGUUCCGUCCUUCCAGCCUGAGAGAGCAUUAGCAUUGUUAGACUCUUUUCUGAAAGGGGUGCCGGUUUCAAGUGGUCCUAUGGAAACUAACUAG